UUUGUGUUUUUCUGUACGUGUUUGGUUGCCGAGAAAAUUUGGGAAAAUAAGGAGGAAAAUAAACUGUUUAUUCGCUUUUACUCUCACUAGCUUUGUUGAAUUAAACAACAGAAGAUAUAUGAAAACAGUGUUUAUACUUUAUACAAUAAUCGUGGUUAAUCCAGCAGGGAAAAUGGAUGAGCAAAUGGGAAAAGCAAAGCCGGCAGUCUCUUUUGAGUAUGAGCUCUUUGAGGGAGAUCCGGACCACCUAAGAACUGUAGUGGCUACACUCACGCCAACGCUUACUCCUACUAAUCCAUGGAUCAGCCCUGAUUCGUUGAACUUCAAAUACCGAAUUGGGCGAGGCCCCUUUGGUGAUGUUUGGUUAGCAACUCAUCAUCAGUCUGCAGAUGAUUAUGAUGAGUAUCAUGAGGUAGCUGUUAAGAUGCUGCAUCCUUUGAAGGAGGAAGACACUGAGAAGUUUGUGCAUAAGGUUGAAAGGUUAUUUUUCAAGUUCCGCAGAGUCUAUGGCCUUUGUUGGCUUCACGGCAUCUCAGUUAUUGAUGGGAAGGUCUGCAUUGCUAUGAAAUUUUAUGAGGGAUCAAUUGGUGAUCGAGUUGCUCGGAUGAAGGGCGGAAAGCUUCAACUUUCUGAUGUUUUAAGGUAUGGGAUUGAGUUGGCGAAAGGAAUUUUAGACUUGCACUCACUUGGGAUUCUGGUGCUAAACCUGAAACCUUCCAACUUCCUUUUAGAUGAACAUGACCAGGCGGUCCUUGGAGAUUUUGGGAUUCCAUAUCUACUUCUUGGGAUUUCAUUGUCUAAUUCAGAUAUGGCUCUCAGACUUGGAACCCCAAACUACAUGGCUCCCGAACAGUGGGAACCAGAAGUGAGGGGCCCUGUAUCCUUAGAAACGGAUGCCUGGGGUUUUGGAUGUUGCUUUGUGGAGAUGUUGACUGGCGUUCAACCAUGGUUUGGGAGGUCAAUUGAAGAGAUAUAUCAUUCAGUUGUGAUAAAGCAAGAAAAACCACCAGUUCCAAGCGGCUUGCCUCCUGCAGUUGAGAAUGUUAUAAGUGGUUGCUUUGAGUAUGACUUCCGCAAUCGGCCUUCAAUGGAUGAUAUAAUACAUGCUUUUGAAAGCUCACAGAAUGAUGUUCAAAGUGAAGGCGAGUGGCUUGGUUUAGGGAGCAGUGCAGUUGCUGGAAAACAUAAUAGCGGUGGUUAUACUACAUGGUAUCUCUCAAAAGAUCAUCUUCAGGUUGGAGAUAUAGUUCGCUCAAGAAAGCCCCUAAAUGCACGCAAGCCUCAAGCUAUGGAUAUCCCUGAAGGAACUGUCGCUGGUCUGGAGACUGAUUCCGAUAGAGAAGGUUUUGCCCUGGUGAAGAUCCCCGGAGUGCGCAACCCUGUAAGAGUGCUGGUGUCAACAGUGGAGAGAGUCACAUCUGGCUUAGCAGUGGGUGAUUGGGUGCGCUUGAAGGGUGAAGGCAGGAGGCACUCUCCUGUUGGAGUUCUUCAUUCGAUACAGCGUGAUGGUAGUGUUGCAGUUGGAUUUAUUGGGUUAGAGACUCUAUGGAGAGGGAAGUCAUCUGACCUUCAAAUGACAGAUUCAUAUUUUGUCGGAGACUUUGUGAGGCUGAAGGCUAGUGUGUUCUCUCCUAGAUUUGAGUGGCCUCGUAAGAAUGGAGGAGCAUGGGCAUCUGGAAGGAUCUCACAAGUCCUUUCGAAUGGCUGUCUGGUUGUGAGGUUUCCCGGAAGAUUUGUGCUUGGAGAUGAAUCUAAUAGCUUCUUGGCAGAUCCAGCUGAAGUAGAACUAGUAUCCUUUGAUACUUGUCCUGGAGUGGUCGGAAAAUAUCAACAUAUUGAGGAUUUUCACUGGGCAGUGAGGCCUCUUGCUGUUGCGUUUGGCCUAUUUACAGCCAUGAAGGUGAGCUUAUUUGUUGGACAGAAUGUAGGUGCAAAGCUGAAGGGUCGAAGAUCAACACGGAAGGAUGGGAAUAACCAAGAUGGUCAGAGUGGUGGCGGUGCAGGUUGGAUUCCUCCACCAGUUGCGAAUAUUCUUUUCAAAGAAAGCGUUCCUACUGCAGGCGCUAGGUAGUUUACCGGUGUCAUGUGGCCGUGGUACGUUUGCUAUACCUAUCCGGUCAAGAAAUGAAGUAUGAAACGAGGCCAAAUGUACCUAGCGCCAGCGAAAAUGGAUGGUCCGAAUCUGGUUAGGCCGAAAACAAAAAUAAUCUGUGUAAUUAGAAGACUGAUGAUAUAUGUGUGUGUGUAUAUAUAAAUCUGCAGUUGCUACUCUGCUUGCAAUGUAAAUAUUUCUGUGUAUAUAUAAAUCUGCAGUUGCUACUCCUCCA